CAUCUGCUGCGGAAUGACCGUCGAUCACUUGGAAUCCGCAGUACUGACUUUCUGCCGAUUGAAAAACGAAAGGGGACCAUCCCUUUAAGGCACACGUCAAGAAUACUGAAUGUAAAGCAGCCGCGGAGACAAGAGUUGAGGGCAGCCGGCAGCACCAGUGUUGAUGGGAGAAAUGAACCCGUUCAAUGGCAAAAAACAGGAGACUCUCAUUGAAAUGUCUUCCACCGGAGAGGAAACAGGAGGUGAAGACAAUGGACCUUACUAUGACCCUUCCAAUGGUACCAGAGAAGGAGGAAUUCCUGGCAAUCCAGAGAUUGACAAACGCAUCCACAGCAAAGACUCUGUUUUCUUCUGUGAUGGGGUGAGAAGAAUUGACUUCAUCCUCUCCUUUGUGGAUGAUCCCAAAGAUGCAGAAAGGAAGGUGGAAAGAAGAAAAGAGUUUGAAAUAAAUCUGCUGAAGACAGGCCUUGAACUGGAAACUGAAAGUAAAGAUGAUUCAGAUGAUGGUAAAACUUACUUUACAAAGAUUCAUGCUCCUUGGGAUGUCCUGGCCACAUAUGCAGAGGUUAUGCACAUUAAAGUGCCCAUUAAAGAAAACGAUAUUCCACAAGCAAGAGAAAACCCGUUUGACUGGUUGAUGAACCCGUUUCGUCUGAAUCCAACAAUAAUAAACCCAGAACCAGAUUACUUUACAGCACCUUUCAGUAAACAGCGGCAGGAGCUCUUCCCCAUUGAUAAUCCAGAGACCUUUUUCUCACCCUCUACCCGCAACAGAAUUGUAUAUUACAUUCUUUCUCGAUGCAAGUAUGCAACAGAAGAUGGAAAGAGGAAAUUUGGGAUUAAGAGGUUGCUCAACAAUGGCACGUACACUGCUGCUUUCCCACUUCACGAUUGUAGAUACUGGAAGAAAUCACAUGACCCCAAGAGUGAGAAUGAACGAUACACGUUAUACAAGGAGUGGGCUCGCUUUGGCCGAUUCUACAAGGAGCAACCUCUAAACCUCAUCCGAAAGUACUAUGGAGAGAAGAUUGGGAUAUAUUUUGCCUGGCUGGGUUUUUACACGGAGAUGUUAGGAAUAGCAGCUGCUGUUGGCUUCAUUUGCUUUCUGUACGGCUGCAUAACCAAGGAUGGAAAUGUAUGGAGUGAUGAAAUCUGUGAUGCUGAGCUUGGAGGGAAGCUCAUCAUGUGUCCCCUGUGUAAGGAUUGUGACUUCUGGAGACUGAAUACCACCUGCGAAUCAACCAAGAAUUCUCACUUGUUUGACAAUGCUGCCACCUUAUUCUUUGCGGUGUUUAUGGGAAUCUGGGUCACUUUUUUUCUGGAGCUGUGGAAACGACGACAAGCCAAGCUCGAGUACGAGUGGGACCUUGUGGACUUUGAAGAAGAGCAGCAACAACUCCAGAUACGCCCAGAGUAUGAGGCAAAGUGUACUCACCACAAGAGAAACCCCGUCACUCAGGAAAUGGAGCCUUACAUCCCAUUGUCUAACCAAGCAUUACGCUCUUUUCUGUCGGGGGCUACAGUCUUGUUUUGGAUCUUUUUAAUCCUGAUCUGCGUCAUUGCUGUUAUCGUGUACCGCCUCUCGAUGUACGCCUCCUUUGCCAAGAUCACUGUGAAUAUGAAGGAGGUUAAGUACAUCGGUACGUUCUUCACACCCCAGAUGGUAACAUCUGUCACAGCCUCCGUACUGAACUUCAUCAUCAUCAUGAUUCUGAACUACUUCUACGAGAGGGUUGCAAUUUGGAUCACGGAUCUUGAGAUCCCCAAAACUCACUUUGAGUAUGAAAACCGACUGACCAUGAAAAUGUUCCUCUUCCAAUUUGUUAACUACUACUCCUCCUGCUUCUACGUCGCCUUCUUCAAGGGCAAGUUUAUUGGUCGCCCCGGAAAAUACAACCGUCUGUUUGGCUCAUGGAGAAACGAAGAGUGUGAUCCAGGUGGCUGUCUCAUUGAACUGACUACUCAGCUUACCAUUAUUAUGGCUGGCAAGCAAAUCUGGGGCAAUAUCCAGGAGUCGUUGUUGCCCUGGGUGAAAAACUGGUGGGUGAGUCGGAAUGCCAGGCACCACCCGGAGAAGCUGUAUUCUCGCUGGGAGCAGGACCAUGACUUGCAGGACGUGGGCCAGUUUGGCCUCUUCUAUGAAUACCUGGAAAUGGUCAUCCAGUUUGGAUUCGUCACUCUCUUUGUGGCCUCGUUUCCUUUGGCACCUGUUCUUGCUCUGCUGAACAACAUUAUUGAGGUCCGCGUGGAUGCCUGGAAAUUUAUCACACAGUUCAGGAGACCCAUGGCAGCAAAGGCCCACAGUAUAGGAAUAUGGCAACAGAUUCUGAAUGGUGUGGCCAUCUUUUCUGUGGUUACAAAUGCUUUCAUUGUGGCCUUUACCUCGGAUAUGAUCCCCCGUUUAGUUUACAAAUACGCAUAUUCUACAAAUGACCAACUUCCAAUGAAAGGCUAUAUAAACAACAGUCUCUCAAUCGCCGAUGUUUCACUUUUAGAAUCUAAGAAAUUAGAUAAAGAAAUCACAACUUGCAGGUAUAAGGACUAUCGUUACCCAUUUGGACACAGAUUAGAAUACCAGCACACCAUGCAGUUCUGGCACAUUUUGGCUGCGAAAAUGGCAUUCAUUAUCAUCUUAGAGCAUGUUGUCUUCCUGGUGAAGUUUACAAUCGCCGCACUGAUUCCGGACGUUCCAAGUGAGGUGAAGGCUCGGAUAAAACGGGAGAAAUAUUUAACACAGAAGAUCCUACAUGAGUACGAACUCAACAAACUCAAAGAAAUGCUUGUUGGCACAGGGAGCUGUGCUGCAAAUAAGGAGGUCUCAGUGCAGGCAGAGAAGAUGGAGCUGCUGAAGGAGGAGUUAUAGUCCACACAGUGGCAGGUUUAAAAUGUGCCAAGAAAGGACUUACUUGUUUGUUUCUGAAAGACAAUUGUUUUGUUUCUUUAACGAGGAACAAACUUGCCAUGAUGGCAUGGAAUUUGGCGCUAGCAAUCAUGAUGUUGCUGCCACUAAUUCAGAUAAUACGUCCUACUAUAGACUCCGUGAGCUGCUGCUUUCAGUGCGACCACAUAUUGGCUUCUGUCAAAGUAGUUUUCUAUUCUGGAAAUGAAUGUUUUCUGCUGUUUUCCUAACUUGCCAUCCCAUGGAGUAAGGAAAAUUUCUAUUGCUGUCAAGGAGAACCUGACUGUGAAACCUUCCAAAAUGUAGCCACACUAGUUGUGAUGAAGAGCUCUCGUAUAGGAUCAGGAAGAAGGACGUCAACAUGUUAGUUAAAAAUAUAUUUUAAACCUAUCACCCUGUCUAAUCUAGAAUGCAAAGCAAUGCAUUCCUCUGAUUGGAUACAAUAUCUUUCCAUUUCUUGGUUUCACUCCUUUAGCCAUAGACUCAACCCUCUUUCCUUUAUUCCUUCUCAGUCUCUUGACUUUUCUCGCCCACCUUUCUGUCUCUUUUGUAUUUCUUGCCUUGUCCCUUGUCCAAAUUUUGCAUAAAUUCACCAGCACGGCAACACCGCCUGUAGCUUGUGAUACUGUAGAAAAACAUUUAAACCAAACUUGCGCAAUGGAGUAAGAUUAUGUCCCCCAGACUCAGAGUGGAAACUACUGGUAGAUGCACAAAUGUAACUACUGAUCGCAUCAUUAACCAUUUCACAGAUGUAUUUUCUGGGGCGAUCACUGCAAAAAAAAGCCCUUUAUGCAUCAAAGAUACAGCUCCUCUCAAUUUUUGCAAUCUUUUUUGCACAUGCUGGAUACAAAAGCCAUCAUUUUCUUGAAAACCUCUGUGGCUAGAGCUAAACACUAUACCUCUCUUUAUUAAGAACAUAAGAAAUAGGAAUGGGAGUAGACUAUUCAGCCCCUCGAGCCUUCUCCGCCAUUCAAUAAGAUCGUGGCUAUUCUUUACCAAGACUUCAGUAAGGAAACGUACCAUUUGUUUAAAAUCAAAAUGUGCUCUUGGAAGUUGCAAUAAGACCUCCAGCAGUUUUAAACAUGUGGGUGUUUAAAGUGUAGAGUGAGUACUCAGUGUUCUAAGCACAGAUGCCUUGAUCUGUAGCAUGGGGCAGGAUUUUACAUUCCCCUGUCGGUGGGUUUGUAAAGGCGGGGGGGUAGUGACCAUAACAUUUCUCGGAUGGCCGUGGUUCCUGCCUGCCCCAAAUGCUCCACAAUUUUGUGCUUGGACGGGUGAGGCCUUGGCCAGCGGGCCCACCCUGGCAUCAGCUGAGGCCCUUAAGUAACCAAUUAUUGACCACUUAAGAGCCAUUUCCCGCCCAGCCUCAAUUUUCAGGCUGGCAGAAGGAGUUCAGCAGCAGAAGGCAAGCCUGAAAAUUAACCGUGUUCAGGCCACGGGAAGGAAGUGUGGAGAAGGGUGUCUCAUCAGCAGCCCCCUUUUUAACAUCGGGCACCCCUUCAAAAAGUUUGACUCCUUCCAGG